UCCCUGGACAGCAGAGGCAAGUGUCAGAAGGGAUGGGACUCUAUUUGCCCUCAUUCCUAAGAGGAAUCAGGUGCUUUCUGUCACCUGGACUACCAAAUCUCCAUGGAUGUCACAACCAACCCACUUGCCUGAACUGAGACCUGUCCCAAUCUGAUCCGGAGUCAGUCAGCUGGAUGUCACCCUCAGUCUUUCUAAGAACAGAGAGAGGAAAUCAAAGAUGACCAUUGGGUGACUUUGCUAUGUUCUGUAAAAACACUUUUAGGAUGACGGAACAGUUUGACAUGAUGAUGGAAAAUAAAGAAAUCCAGGAUGACUGCAGUCUAAAAAGCAAGCAAUACCUUCUCGCUUUGUUUGAUGAAUCGACUGCAGAGUAUUUCCUUAGCCCUUCCUCAUGCCCAAAGGAAACACCUCCAUGGUUUUCCCAGCUGAAAGACAAUUUGAAAGAUUACAGUGCAGUUGCCCUGUGGGAUACUCUGAGACUGCGCUCUACACAGAUACUGCAAGAAUCAAACACAGAGCCCUCGAUGGAGAUUACUGAUGAGAUUGCCAGACGGGUAACAGACUGGAAGACACAGAUAAAGCAGGACCAUCUGACCCACCUGUCAGAAGUGAAAUACAUGUUUCAUUGUGCUCAGCGUAAUCAAGCCAUCUCUGCACUGCUUCUAAAACAAAACCCUUUUUUUGACUAUCAGAUCAAUAAUGACUGAAUAGAUUCCUGCAGAUUCUUGCAGAACAACCAAAUAAGUGCAAAUGCAGAGUACUCAAUAAAAUGCUCAAUUAUUCAUUCA